UUCAAUUAUCCGGGUAACCUGAAUAUGUUACGGCGUUUCAAUUUUGUAGCUGCUAGUAAUGUUAUAUACGUCUUAACCGCUGGCAGACAACUGAGUGUCUCAAGUCGGUUAUGCUUCCCUUCUAGACCCUUCUGGCAAUUGCAAUUGCUCUCGACCUCGAAGUGUUUUUCUACCGACAGACCUUGGUACGACCUUAACUACACUCAGUUCAAACAACGUGUCAAUAAGGAAGACAUUCAACUGAUUGACGUGCGAGAGCCUUACGAAUAUAAAGCGGGACAGAUCCAGAAUUCAAUAAAUAUUCCACUGGGCGAGGUGGAACAUGCUCUCAAGAUGUCGGAUGAUGCAUUUAUGCAGAAAUAUGGGACUAAAAAGCCUUCUGGAGAUGAUACAAACUUUGUGUUUCACUGUAUGGGUGGAGUUCGAAGUCGAAAAGCUAUGAACCUUGCUCAUUCCUUUGGCUAUAACAAGGCAUCACACUAUUUGGGUGGAUAUGCCGAAUGGGUACAGAAUGAAUCAGAGAAAUAAAGAAGGACUGCUAGCUA